GGGCCAUUUAUUCAAAAGGUAGGUGAUUAUGCAAACAAAAUAUGCAUUAUUUAGUUCUAACAUUUAGUUGAAGUGCAUCAUUGGAAGAAGACAUAGAAUGAAAAUUUUACUGGUAUUACUUUUGUUUGCCUGCAAACUAAUUGACAUCUCUGGCCAGCGAUGUUCCAGACCAGAAGUGGCGAGACGCCGUGCAACCAUUUACAAGGCACCUACAGUAAAAGUACAAGUUCUAAGAUGUCUCUUUAAUGAUACAAAAAAUGCUUAUUCCGAUAUUACUACCAAUUGUCUGACUGCAUUUAAAUCAGGAACUUUUAAGGAUAAGUACAAUGAUGUAUUUAAUCUUCAUGGACCCAAAACGCCCAUUGUGUUGGAAAGUUAUUGGACUAAAGCAGAUCCCGUGCAAAAUAAAAUAAUAUUAAGAACCAAUACAAUAUGUAACUACAACAGAGGCUUUUGUUUUGAUCCCAAGAUAAGUCCAACGUAUGCAGUUGUAUGGAAGGUGGAACAGAUCAAAGAAAAAUGUCCUACAAAUUUAGAACGAGUAUUAUCUGCUGCAGUAGAUAUUUGGAAAUUUGUUCCACAGAAUCUUCAGUACUUGUUUUAUUACUCCCCAAAGUUAGACGAGGCAUUUUCUCUCAGACUUACUACGACCUCGCAAUGUCAUAACAAACGUAUGUGGUUAACCGAAGAUAUGCGGUAUAUAGUAGAAGUAGAAGAUAUUAACAAAUCUACCGUAGUGCCAGAAUUUAGUAUUGUACCUAAAAUGACUUUACCAUCGAAGAGUGUGGUCAGCGAAAAAAUUUUAAAAGAUUGUGAUUUAAAGUCUCUUACUUUAGAUUUUGAUACACAAUUUCUAUCAAACUAUUUUGCGGACUCUGAGAAUGUAAAGACAGUCUUUAGCGUAUAUCGAAAUUAUAUAAAUAAAAACAAACUGGCUAUAGAUGAUGUGAAAACAAAAGUUUCGAACAAUGAUGCUUAUUUAAAAAAACAAGCAACAGUGUUUGGAGCAGAAUUUAGAAAGACCAAAGUUACGAUAAAUUCUUUGAUAGCAAAUGUCGACACUUUAAAAAACACAAACAAAAAUUUUGAAAAACUAUCUCAGAGGAUCGACUCUGAAGAAAUCUUUGUCAAAGUUGGAGGUGUGGAAAAACAUUUUAAAGAUUUAGAAAACGCAAUUAAAGAGAUUGAGAAUAACGUUGUUAAACUUAAUAAGAUCUCUUUUUAUUCGCAAAAUGAUGUAGACCAAAAAUUUCUUAAUUUUUAUAAAAACGUUUCAAGCAAUAUUAAAACUCACGUUAUUAAUGUAGAUAAUGCAAACGUGGCUCUAGAGAAAAGUAUUUUGAAUAAGCUGAAACCGGUAGUUGAAUCUGCUAAUAAAAACUAUAAUACUUCUGUAAGUAAAGUGGAAGCACAGUUUAACAAACUUAAAAAUGAGUUUGCUGCAAAUAAAGUUGCAUAUGAUACGAGAAUUAAAAAAAGCCUUUUAGAAUCUAGCACCGCUUGCCUCUUAAACAUUAGUAUCGUUGAUACCAAGGUUAAAAAAAUGGAAAAUGAUUUACAAAAUUACAAAACUAGUAGCAAUAUUAAACACGAGAAUCUCUUUAAUGCUUUAAAUAAAUUAAGCCAAGAUUUGAAAACAGAAAUAAAUAAACCAGAAUAUACUAGCAACACAACUUUUAACCCUGUUAUAAAUGAUUUAAAAAGUAAAACUAAAGCUUGUUGUGCAAACAUUGAUAGCUUAAAAUCAAGCACUACAGCUUUAGUGGGGAGCCUACAAAAAGAAAUGAAAACAAAUAUAUUAAGACAAGAUGAUUAUAUUAAAAUAUCUAGAAAAAACGACGAUAAUUUAAAUAAAAGGAUAAGAUCACUUGAAGAAAAUAUCAAACAGCUACAAGAGACUCAUAAUGUGCGCAAAGAAAUCCAUGAUUAUUUUUUUACUUCUACCAAUAAAACCUUUAAAGAAUUUACUGUAAAACUCGCUAAUACGAGUAAAAUCAUUAAAGAUUUGCAAUUGCAGAGUGAAGCCAAUAUUUCUAAAAAAGUGGAUUUCUUAUUUGUACCUGUAAAUUCGAAGAUCAAGACUUGUUAGGAUGAA